UGUUUGUUUGAGGGUUAAUGUAUCUGAGCAGAAGAAUGAAAAGAAAAGUCGGUCUUUGAAAUUACAGUACCGCUACAUUCUCUAGCGAUAAAUGCAUUUGCAAAGACGCCAAAAGAACCUGUCUCCAUAUAGAGAGAUUUGUGAGGAUGAGUAAGAAGCCUCCCUGUCGGCCAGGUAUCAUCUUUGAGGUGGGCGCCAAGGUUGAGGCCCAGGACUACCUUCAGAAAUGGUACACUUCACGCAUUGAAAAGAUUGACUAUGAUGAGGGGAAGAUGCUGGUACAUUUUGACCGCUGGAGUCACCGCUAUGAUGAAUGGAUCUUCUGGGACAGUAACAGACUGAGGCCUCUGGAAAGAGCAGCUUUGAGGAAAGAGGGACUGAAAGAGGAAGAGGAGAUGUCUGAGAGACUCAGCGAGAUGAGAACAUCUCGCCCACCUGAGCUUCCUGGAAGUACAGAGAGCACAGAGGACCAAUCAGAGUUACCGCAGCUGAGACAAGAGCUGAGAGAUGGUGAGGAGGUCCUGGCUCGGUGGACAGAUUGUCGAUAUUACCCAGCAAAGAUCGAGACCGUCAACAAAGAAGGUACUUACACUGUCCAGUUCUAUGACGGCGUAAUAAGAUGUGUGAAGAGAAUUCAUAUCAAGUCCAUGCCUGAGGAUGCCAAAGGGCAGGACUGGAUUGCUCUUGUGAAGGCAGCUACGGCGGCGGCAAAGAGCCGGGGAGGAUGCAGACCGCGUACCAGUCUCAACAGUAACAAGAACAAAGAGGACCACACGUCAGACUGCGAGGAGACGGAGGACAAGUUGGAGGAAGAGGAGGACCCAGAAUCAGAGAGACUGGACACAGAGUCUGCUGGUGAGGAGGACUGCAAGUCUGAGUUCGAUCCGCACGAGGCGGGCAAAGUCAAGAGGAGAAGACGACAAAGCAGUGUCUGCCAUUCCAAGAGGCCUCGGAUAAAACAAGCAGGAUGCAGUGAGGAGGAGAUGGACUGCAAGAGUGAGCAAAAGGAAGUGCCAAUCACGACUCAGCAGAGAGCUAUUAAGGAGGAGCAUAAAUCUGCUGAGCAUCCUUCGGCUUCCCUCAGUACCCCGUCCCCUGCCCGACUGCGGACCAGGCGCCUCAAGCACGACUCUGGGGAGUCCUGCAGCAGCCAGAGCCAGAGGCAGGGGCCAGAGGAGGGGGAGGCCAGCCGCUCCCCAGCCUCCAGCCUUGGCCUCACAGACGCCCCUCACACAGGUACAGCCCCCCCAUCCAGCACACCUCAGACAAGGCGGCGAUCUCGGAGGCGGUCCAACAGCUUUGAGCCAAUAAGCGCUCCAUUACCCCCACCCAAACAGCCUAGCCCCCUGCCAAACUUGCCUACCUCACGGCCUAAUGAUAAAGACCCUGGCAGCUCAGUGAAAAAGGAAACGUCUCAUCACAGCACCCAGGCUGUCGCUUCCUCUGUACUGUCUCCCACCUCAUCACCACUCAACUCAACCAUGGCAACCACAACCGGAAAGAUUGCUGAUGGCCAAGUGGCCAAUCACAUUCAAAUGGGAGCCAAAUCGCCACUUCCUUCGUCAGGUGUUUCUCCUAAGGUCUCUGUGAGAACUCCAAAGGCAAACAAACACGCCAGGGAACCAAUCAUGAAUACUAAGCGCUCCGAGGAUCCCACGUCUCUGAGCGAGUGCAUCGAUCUCGACCACAACAAGUUCAAGUGUCAUAUCCCCGGCUGCUCCAAGGCCUUCCGGAAAGCCAAGCUGCUGGACUACCACCUGAAGUAUUACCACAACGCGGAGAAGGAUCACGAGGGUGAGGUGUGCUCCCCAGACAGAGUAGUGGGCCGCACCAGAGCCACCUCCGCCUCCAUGCCCACCAGCACCAUGCUGGAGGUACCCGACAACAAGAGACGACGCACCGUCUCCACUUCAUCAUCCCUGUCCUCCCAGAGCCACAGUCUGCAGCUGGAGUACGCUGGUGGCUGCCUGAAGCCCUCCAAGUUCUGCAAGAAGAAGCGCUCCUCGGCCUCGGUCAGCUCCGACAGCACUGAGGUGUCCCUGCCCCUGUCGUCACGGGAGAAGGUUUUCGAGAGCCUGCAUGACAAGAUCCUCAAGAAGGUUAUCGAGAAGGACACGGGGCUUUCAAUAAAGACAGAGAAGAAGUGCCAGGUGAUAGGCAGAAAGAAGGAAAAGGACAAAGAGCGGAAGGAGAGAAAAGAAAAAGACCCCUUCAAGAUAAAACAGAAAAAGAAGAAGAAGAAAAAGAAGAAAUCCAGACAGCAUGGUUACUCGGAGCUGGACGACAUGUCUCUAUCCUUCCUGGAGCGCUCGUCUCCCUCUCCUGUCCAGCGUUCCUCUGCCAGUGCCUUCAACAUCCACCCCUCCUCAACCUCCUCUUCCUCCUCCAAGCACAACUACCCACGCGCCAUCCUGUCCAUCGACCUCACCGGAGAGAACCUGUCAGACAUAGACUUCUUGGAGGACUCCACUACAGAGUCUCUGCUGCUGAGCGGGGACGAGUACACGCAGGACCUGGACGACUUUGUGGACGAGGAGGAAGAUGCCGCCUCCAACGAGAUUGUACGAUGCAUCUGCGAGAUGGACGAGGAGAAUGGCUUCAUGAUCCAGUGUGAGGAGUGUAUGUGCUGGCAGCACAGCGUGUGUAUGGGUCUGUUGGAGGACAGCAUCCCCGAUCAGUACAUCUGCUACGUCUGCAGAGAUCCUCCAGGGCAGCGCUGGAGUGCCAAGUACCGGCAUGACAAGGAGUGGCUGAACAAGGGCCACAUGUACGGCCUGUCCUUCCUGGCCGAGAACUACUCGCACCAGAACGCCAAGAAGAUCAUGUCCACACACCAGCUGCUGGCCGACGUCUACAGCGUCAAGAAGGUUCUGCACGGCCUGCAGCUCAAGAUGGAUAUAUUACAGAAUAAGCAUAAUCCCAGCCUACACCUGUGGGCUCGUUCUUGGGUGAACUCUGACGAGGAACAGCCGAUGGGUGGUGCUCCGGACUGCAUCCACUACAGGGAGCACCUGAACCAGAGUGCCCUGGCCGAGACCUACAUCACCAGCGAGCACAGCUACCAGAAGCCCCCCGGCACACACGAACACGGGGAGGGGGAAGCAGGGCUGCAGCCAGCAGGACCUCCCCCCAAUGCCACGCCACCACGCAUACCAAAGCAGGAGGAGGAGGACAACGAUGCCAUCUGCCUAGCCAGCUGCAUAGCUGAGAGUUGCUUAGGGCCAGGGGAGCAGGGCCACAACUGCCUGCAGUGGCAGAUGAACCUGCUGACGCACAUCGAGGACGUGCAGAACCAGGUGGCCGGACGCAUGGACCUCAUCGAGAAGGAGCUGGACGUGCUGGAGAGUUGGCUGGACUUCACAGGGGAGUUGGAGCCCCCAGACCCCCUGGGCCGCCUGCCACAGCUCAAGUGCCGCAUCAAGCAGCUCCUCAAUGACCUGGCCAAGGUGCAGCAGAUGAGUACCCUGUGUUCGGUCUGACACAUAUGGCUUCUUCUGCUGAGACACACACACACACACACACACACACACACACACACACACACACACACACACACACACACACACACACACACGCACGAGCACACAGGAGUACCCUGUGUUCAGUGUAACACGGAUACUGUGCUCACACAUGUGUACACACAAACACACGCACACAGAAGCCUGCUUGCACUCACUCACUGUGACCGCACAUGCACCAUUGCACAGCCUGCUGGACUGGAGAGGCUCCCUCCCAGCUAGCCACUAUAUGAUGAAGUGUCAGGCACCAGACCAGAGUUACCCCGCUCUAUAAUACAAAACCCAAGCCUGACCUAAGUCCUGACCCUGAAGCAGCCCUAGGUCUCGCCCUGCUUCUCCCCUCCAGGAAUCAACCUGAUCUGGGAUCAGCUAGCCCUUGUCCUAAAUUUGCCUCUCCGGAACACGAAUGUGGAAGUGAAUGUGGAGGUGUGGAACUGAAACCGAUAAGUCCCUGUCUGGGGAGAUGAAUUUGGAAUGACUUGACGUCAAUGGAGAGGGGGGCCCGGAGGCUGAGACAGGACCCCUGCAACCUGGUACCGUAAGAGAAGCGUCAGGACUUGCUCAUGUGUGUCAGGUCAGGUGCACUUAAAAGGGAAGAUCUGAUCCUUGUACACACACACACACACACACACACACACACACACACACACACACACACACACGCACAUACAUAAGUCUUGCCAUGCUGGAGAACACUUGUCCCUGUGAACUUCAGAAGCUGUUACUGUGUAAACAUCAAAGAACAUAACAAAAAACUGUAGCAUCCGAAAGUGCAGCAGAAAUGAGCUGGGGAAUGUGUAGCUGGUCCAGAAAAGAUGUGUGUUGUUUUGUGUUUGAUCGCCACGGCCACACAUCACGCUUUCAAAAUGGCUGCCUCCCCCAGUUUGAAGAGGAACAAACUCUGCAUCCAUUGGAUUUCACUGAAGACUUCACUGGAUUUGUAUCGAUUGUGCAGUUGGUCAUUUUAGGAUACCCUGAGUGGCCGCUUCUGUCUUGUGCCAAGUUAAACAAUGAACAUCUACAGCAGCUGCAGUACUGUAGUAGUAAUAGCUUUCAAGCCGUCGUAGGAGCUUCACACGGUGACAUGGAAAACACAUAGGCUCUCAAUAGGCUCCAUAGGCUUUUAAAGCUCACAGAGUGCAGAUGACACGCCCCAUCGUAGCUAGAGAGACACAGCAUCAGCCUCUAGCACUGAAGAGCCUCUGCCUGCGUCAUGACAAGUCAGCCCAAUGGGGGUAGUUAGUGGGGCAGAGGAGAGGAUGUCGACCCUCCUUGCUCCACUAGACACUCCCAAACCCCCCACCCACCCCUCUAAACAGCACAGUAAGCUACGUCCUCACUGGACACAUUCAUUUAUGGGAAAAAAGUCUAUGGUUUGGUUGUAGGAGGGGAAAUGUAUGUACAGGUGUUGUUUUCUUUGUAUAGAGGAAGGAUGAAAAAGGCAUGAGGAUAAAUAUACUUGAAAAAAAAUAUGCCCAAACGUAUUCAGAAUUUUUAUUCAGCAGCUGUACAAAAGUGUUUUAGAAUAGCAGGUUGUCUUGACUUAAGAAGUUUUUUUUUGUUGUUGUUGAAAUAUAACAGCUGUACAUAAAGAGUUUUAUUUAAAAUUUGGUGUAACAAAGCUAACCUGUAAGCUCAUUAAAAAAAUAUUCUGGAUUA